AUGUCCCGUGGUCCAAGGCACUCCCUCUCGAGUGGUAGCGCCAAUACGAUAUACGAUAGUGCUGGCAAGAGCAGUUUAGAAUCUUUCCCGCUAAGCUUAAGUGCGGCUCCACCGCGACAGCCGACGAUCAUUGCUGCUAUUGUUGCUGGGCUGUUAUUGACAUUGACGACAGCAGCCUGGGCGUACAGCAAGCGUCUUGUUCAUCGACUCAAGGUUAUAGCCGCUGGCUUAAUUGCAGGUCAAUGGACUUCUGAAGACAGCGAGUCGAGGGCUGAUUUCGAGCUAGAGCGAUCCCAUGUCUCGCGUAUAGUCAACUAUCCAACUACUGCCUCGCACUAUUCCCAGAACUGCCUAUCAAUGUCCACAUGGCCCCCAGGAGCUGAAAGAUUCGACCCCGCUCUAGCAACAUUUCUUUUCCAUCCUUCUCUUGAAAAGGCAUCACUUAUGGUAUCGCCAAUGUUAGCAAUCCCCGCCACCGCUACCGCGACUGGCGAGCAUAAUGCAUCAAGACUGACCGCCUCGCUGAGAGGCGAGCGGAUAAACAAGUUCUCCACACCCUCAUUUUCUGGCACCAAUGUCUAA